GGCAGAGCCGGGGAGCUGCUGUUUUCGGGAAGGGUGGGGGCGGUCACGUGAGGCCUCUCGGGGCGGUGGGUGGAGCCGCGAAGCUGCGGUUCAGGAAGGUCGGGUUCAACCGCCCCGGGGGAGCGCGCCGGAGCUGGAUCGCGGAGCGGGCUGAGGUCAUGAAUUUCUAAGAAGAAAAUAAUGGAUUGCACAUUACUCAUUCUCUAAUUGUUUGAACUCAGAAGUGUGCGGGUUUGUUGCAAAAACCAAAAGAAGAUGGCAACACCUUAUGUCCCAGUUCCUAUGCCCAUAGGGAACUCUGCUUCCAGUUUUGCAACCAACAGAAACCAAAGAAGGUCUUCUUUUGGGAGUAUCUCAACAAGCUCAAACUCUUCCAAAGGCCAGUUAGAAGACUCAAGUAUGGGUAAUUUUAAACACACAAGUGUACCUGAUUCAAUGGAAAGCACUUCAUCUGUCUGUAGCAGUCCCCUCAUUAGAACUAAAUUUACAGGUACAGAUUCUUCCAUUGAGUAUUCUACUAGACCAAGAGAAGGUGAAGAAGAGAAUCCUGAAACAGUGAAUUUGGAAGAUAGACCCUCUACACCUGUUAUCCUGGGUUAUGAGGUGAUGGAAGAGCGAGCUAAAUUUACUGUGUAUAAAAUACUAGUAAAGAAGAACCCAGAAGAAAGCUGGGUAGUUUUUAGAAGAUACACUGACUUCUCUAGGCUUAAUGAUAAAUUAAAAGAGAUGUUUCCAGGCUUUCGAUUAGCACUUCCACCAAAACGCUGGUUUAAGGAUAAUUACAAUGCCGACUUUUUAGAAGAUAGACAAUUAGGAUUACAAGCAUUUCUUCAAAAUUUAGUAGCUCACAAGGACAUUGCUAACUGCCUUGCAGUGAGAGAAUUUCUUUGUCUGGAUGAUCCACCAGGUCCGUUUGAUAGCCUAGAAGAAAGCAGGGCUUUCUGUGAAACUUUAGAAGAAACAAACUACCGUUUUCAAAAAGAACUACUUGAAAAACAAAAAGAGUUGGAAUCACUGAAGAAACUGCUCAGUGAGAAGCAGCUUCUUAUAGACACUCUAGAGAACAGAAUCAGGACAUUAGAACCUGAAGAAUCGCUGCUUGUAUCAGGAACACAAGGUGGACAGAUCUUAAAGGUGGAGUCUUCUGCACUUGAGGUUGACCAAGAUGUCUUGGAUGAAGAAUCUGGAGCUGAUAAUAAGCAAUGCUCAAGUUUUAGUGAACCUGAAAAUUCCAUAUCAGACAUAGAAGUAGCAGAAGUGGCAUAUAAUGCAGAAGACGACUAAUGCAUCUCAAGCGGUUCCUUCCAUUUUUACGUUCCUGCAGACUUAGAAUAGAGUAGCAAAUAUUUAAAAAGAAAAACAAAGACUGAAGCAUUUACAGAAAACAGCAAGAUUGCACAUGUAUAAAGUUUACAUAAAUAAAAGUUUAAGUUAUUGGUGUAGGAAAUAUAUUCACUGUUGCUUUGUCUUUUAGCCAAACUUGGUAUUUAAUACACUAAAAAAAAUCUAGUUAGAGUUCUGUCAUCAAGGCCUACAUCCUUAAAUACUGUGCAUAAAUUAUUUUGGUGUUUUGCCAGUAUAUUGCUCCAGACUGACAUGGGUGUGCACACUGUGUGUGUGUGUUUGUGUGUGUGUUCAAAUCACCAGUUAUAUUAGUUAAGUGGUCAUAAAUUGCAUGUUGCUAUCUGUUGGAUAUAUACUUCCAUGUGUCUCAGACAUGAUAUAUUUUCAUUAAUGGUGAAAUGAGUUUUAAAUAUUGAUAUGUUUAUCAUCUGUAAAUAAAAGUUGCUUAUUUGGAAUGUUACUAUUUAAAAGAAGAGAACUUUCUAGUACCAAAGGAAAACUCUUUGAAAGAGCUGUGAUAACAUAGCUAAAGUGAUAAAAUAGCCUUGAUUUUAAAAGCAGUCAUUAAUAUCAAAAUACUAUAAUAAAUGUGCCAGUGUAUUAUAUGUUAUACUUGUUUAUUUUCCACAUAAACUUUAUCUUAUAUCUCUACCUAUAGAAUCAGUGGGUUUGCCUUUUUCAGAACACUACCUCUUUUCGCUAAUCAAGGCAUACUCUUGAAAAAAUAGAUUCUAAGCAGAUGGGCGGUUAUACAAAAACAUAAAAGAGAAAAAGCCAUAUAUCCUGCAAAGUUCCUAUGUCAACUCCUGGCAUUGCAUUUUUAUUUCUGUAUAUGUGAAUAUGUUGCUAUAAUGUAUUGAUGCUGAUUUUCUUCUUAAUAUAUUUAGCCAGGUGAUGCACUUUAUUAUAAUUAAACUCUUUUGUGCCAAGUUUAAUUGGUGAAUUUCUUUAGAAAGUGGAGUUAGGAAAAAAAAAUAUGUAGUGCCUUCACUAUUUCACUUUUUACAUAAGUCUCCUAGAGUCUUUGAGUCUGCUUUAUGAGAAAAAUGUUUAUUUCAGCUUUGCAUAUAGUUGUUCAAAGUGCCUUGUUUCAUUUUUAUAGUGCGAAGUUACUCAUUUAUUUUAUUUUUCUGUUGUUUUGCAUAUUGCUGUUAAUAAGCAUUGUAAUCAUGCUGGCAUUUUGAAAUCCCAGUUGGUAUAUUGAACUGUGUGUGCUUUCUAAAAACUGAAGGAAACUUAUUGGAGAAAUAGGAUAACAGUCUCCAUUUUUUUCCUUCACUAUCUAAAAGCUCUUGAUGUACAUAUUAAAAUGUGGUUGUUUAAAAUUCUACUGACAUAGAUUAAUAGAUACAAUGGCUGUUGUUAACCUUUGAUCAAAAAGGAGAAUGCUUUUUACCAAAGUACCAAAAAUUUUUUAAAGUCUUGAUCAAAAUGGACAGUAUACUCUAUCUCAGAAUAUUUUCCACAAACUGUAUUAGAAAUGUGUGUGCUAUCCUGGGAGACAGAAGGAGUAUAAUAAAAUGGUCUACUUGUUCAUUUCAGAAUAUUCUUCUAGGCUUUAAAAAGAUUUCAAAAGAACAAUCAUUUAAAUUAAUCAGUAUCAUUUUUAGUCUAAUAAAACAAGAUGAUAAAUUCCAUAUAUUCUAGUGCUGCAUACAUGUCUGUUUUAAGCUGAAUCAUACACUUUCAAAAUCUGGCCUUUCAGAAGACUGUAUUUAAAACUUUGGGUGAAGAAAAACUCUUUGUUAAUUAGGGAAACCACUAUUGUUUAUAUUUAGAACUUCCUUUUUUUUACUUUUAUAAUGCAUUUUAUUCCCGGUAUUAUAUUCAUUUAAUAAAUUAUUUUUUCAGUACAACAGUAGCUGUGUUGUUCAGGUCUUGAAUACCAUUUUUCCCCCUCCAGUUUCUGUGUUCUUCUUCCUAUCCCUUAAGAUUAUUGUAAAUUUAAUUAUAGUUAACUGCUGCACUUCACAGAUGUGGAAUGAAUCUGUGAUUUUCUUUUUAAGUUUACACUUUAUAUUAUUGAUCAUUUUAAGUCUUUGUAAGUAGGUGCAGUGCACUUCAAAUGUAACCAAUAUUAAUAAAAAGUUUGAACAUAACUGAAACAGGAAACAUUUUCUGGAUAAUCUUUUACCUUAAACUUUUGAAGAUUAAGUCCGUGUAUAAGAAGUUCAACCAUGAAAUUCAGCGUUUUAGAAUGUGUUCUAUCUACUAAGAUUAGCCAUUUAAAGCACAUGUAUUUAGAAAACCGUGGUCCUCAGAUAAAUCAUGUAGUCUGCUUCAACUGUCUCUGAGAUUAGAAGGGAACAGUGGCCUUAGGUCUAAGAAUAAUUAGUCUAGUUUUGAAAUGGAUUGGUAUUACUUACAGGAAUAGAGGAAGUUUUAGGUGAUGUUAAAAUAAGUUUGUAUUCCCAACUAGAGAAAGAAAGGAAUCUAAAUUUUAUCUUCUGGGAGAUUUUCAAAAAGCUACAUAUUUGAUCCACAUUUUGAUUCUUCAUAGAAUUAGCUUUACUCCAUUGCACUUUGCUUCUGUGCUGUUGGCUUCUAUUAGCAAAAACAAUCAUCAAAACUGGUCUUUUCAUUACAUGUGUUUUUAAAGCUGUUGUAUUUGCUAUCACAUUAUGGAUCCUUUACACAAUGAGAACUCAUGGGGGGAAAUUCUCUUAGGUCUCAGUUCCAGUAAAACCUGUGCUUCUCCUAAACAAUUGAUUUGUUUUUAUCUUAAAGACUGUAUUACUUUCUCUUUUUUGUUUUGUUUUCUGGAGAGCUCUAAGCCAAAUUAUGGUUCAGCUGUAGCUACUGUAUAGAACCUUAUGAGUAAAGAAAAAAAGAAAAAACUUUGUUACCUUUUUGUGUAGUAAAUAUGACUAUUUUUCUCUCUUACUUUCUCUUAACUCCAGUUUUCUUCCGUAUUUAAGUUCUUCAAUUAGAACAUGUAUUUUUGUUCUGGUAAAGUCUCAGAUUUUAAUGAUAUUUUAGACUAUAUUAGGUAAGAACUUGUCAUAGCCUGUACUAAAACAAUUAUUGCACCAUUAAGUGAUACCAAUAAUUAUAUAAAUCACUUUAAUAGAAGCCUUUAAGUAACAUCAGUGAACAUGAAUUUAAAUUUAGAAAUGCUGUCUAGUGGUAAGCUAUUGGUAGGUUCUCGGGCAGAACAUAGUAUUGAUAAACUCAAAUUAUGGUUUUAACCGUUGCCUCAAGUUAGAGCAGACCCUACUUGCCACGUUCUUGUAUUUAUCAUUGACAGAAAAGUAGAACAGUGUUACUAUCUCCACACAAAACAAUAAAAAAAAAUACAGCCAAUGUAUACUCAAUAGAUGAAAGGUAGUGCUUUAAAUACAGGGAAGACUAGGUACAGAUUUCAAAUAUCCUAGUGCAAUGUUUGCAACCCAGCUAACUGUAAUCAAAAGAUGAAAGUAGAUAGCCUUAAAAAAAAAAUAGCCUAUUCUUUCAUUUAUUCAUUCAACAAACACUGAGCAUCUACUGUGUGUUUGCUUUGGGUUAUAAAAUUUAUUGAGAGACACAUGAUCCCUUCAAGGAGCACAGAGUGAUAUGAUUUUUUUAUGAAUCUGUACAUUGUGUGGCAUUGAGGUAAAUGUGGUAAUAGAUUGGUGAUGAAUUAUGGGAGUAAGAGGACCGGAAAGUGGGGCAAAGACUGGCAAGCAGUAGAAGUCUAGUGCUGUAGCUGCUUCUUAAAGUGGAAUGGAAGGGCACACCCAGAAGUAGAGUCAGCUCCAGCCUAUGCAAAUGACACACAUUAUUAUCCCUAAUUCUUUUUCCCUCAUUCAUGCAUUAAUUAUGGCUAAAAAAUGCAGGAGUCCACUUACCUGAUGUGACUGAUCAGAGACACAUACUGUGAUACACAUCUUAAAUAUAUUAUUUUAACUUAAUGCACAUCAGUGUAUAUUUAUUUACCAAUGUUCUAAUAGAGGUUCAAGGCUUUUCUUUGGUAUAGUGUCACUAGUAAGAGUUUCUGGUUCUCUCUCUCGCUAAGCCAUACCCCUAAUGCAUUUUCUGAAUCUUAGCUUUGGUUUCUGUAGAAUAAAGGCAUGAGACAUGUAUGAAGGAAUCUGUGACAGGAAGCGCAUUUUUUUUACUGUUAUUUUUUUCAAUCCUGUACUAUCUUGCCUAUACUUUUACCAAGUAUCAUCUGACCUAGUUUUUCCUAGAUUUGAUCAUUUGAUCUCAUAUUUCAUUGUUUUCUAUACUAUUAAUGAAUUAAUUUAAAGUUAAUUUAAGUACAGCUGAUACAAUUUUGGAAACAAAACUAAUGCUUGGUAAUCACACAGCCCUGAUAGGAGGGAACAGGAGUGCGCAGGUGUUCUAAGAAGGAGCCAACCAGCCAUGAGCGCCCAGCAUACCAUGGGUGUCAGUGAGCACAUUCUAUAAAGAAGAUGGAACACUUCAGUGAGUAAUUUAAGUAUGUAAUCCAAGUUUGGGGGUGGCGAGGCGAUGUCUUACCUUAUACCUUGAAUCUAUCCAAUUCUCUUCAUUGCCACUGCUAUCACCCUGGUCCAAACCACAAAAAUAUCUCAAGUGAAUUGCUGUGAGAGUCUAUCAACUGAUCUUCCUGCUUCCACCUUUGCCGCACUAUAACCCAGUCUGCCAUAAUAGCCAUAGUGUUCUUUUUGAAAGAUGUAAAUCACAUCAUGUUUUUUUCCUCUACUUAAAAACUUUCAACGAUUUCCUAUCAUGCUUAGUAUUAUAACAUUCAAACUCCUUUAUGUGGCCUCCAAACAUGGUUUUACUCUGCCAGCUCCUCUCCCUAAUGCCGGCCCACACGGCCACCUUUCUGUUCCUUGAGACUGUUAAGGUCUUCUACCACCUAACGUUUCCAUAUCCUCUGCCUAGAAUGCUGCAUCCAGAAUCCUAACUGUCUGGCUCUUCUCCAGAAUUUAAGUUAAAUGUUACCUCUUUAGGCAACCUAAAAUAGUCCUCAAAACAGUCACUUCAGUUUCAGAUUUCUUACUUUCUUAUUGUCUGUUUCACUUGUCCCCCUCCCCAAAGCUUCCCCGCAAAGGCAAAGCAUUGUCUAUUUUCCUCUAAUCCUUGCCUGCACCCACCACUACCAAGCUUGGAAAGAUAUGGCACAUAGUAGGUGCUCAAAAAUAUUUAUUGAAUAAUUAAGAUUAUAAAGAUCUAAAUUAGGAAAAUAGUGAGAAAAUAGAGUUAUUUGAAAGGAAAAUUUAAGCCCUGGAAAUUGAUUCUCUGUGGAUUGUUGCACUACCAGAUGAGGAAGAGAGUGAUGCAGGGAGGGGGCAGUUUGGGGAGGUGGAGGUAGAUUCAGUUUGGGACAUGCUGGGUUUGAAAUACUAUAGGCUAUCCAAGUGGAGCUCUCCAGCAGGCAUUUGCAUACAAUCACCGAAAAUUCAGGGGAGUGGUCUGCCUUGUAGAACUCGUCAUGUUAAUUAGGAUUAAUUGUUCUUCAUACCCCUUGCCCAUCGUACAUGGGUCUAAAACCUAUCAAGGACUCAUAUGUUAGCAGUACUAAGAUGAAGACCAGAAAUGCAUGACUCCAUGUGUACUAUGGUGACAGCAUCAUGGAAAUAUACCUGAUGGGCCCAGGUGUCUCAUCCAGUUAAUUUGUUUUUCAUUCCAUAAUUACUUUGUUAUCAGAGAAGAUCAUGUUUUUCUUAUUCCUUCAGAGGAGAUACAAUAAUAGAACAAUAUCACAGUUUUGUCUUGUUAGGGGCUAAUUUUAAUAUUUCAUAUUUAAAGCAAAGGUAAAGAAAAAGAAGGAAUUCAAAUAUACAAUAAAAUGAAAAAAAGCUUGACCUCACUAAUCAAAUAUGGUUGCUAUAUAUAUAUGUGUGUCUGUGUAUUUUUAAUGGUAUUUUUACUAGAGUUGGAGAAAUAAAAGAAAUGAAGUCUGUGUAUUGCUGAGUGCAAGAGGGAAUUGGUUUAAGAAUAGUAUUUCUUUUAUGCUGAGGUAAUUUCCUUCUAUGCCCAUUUUCUGGAGAGUUAUUAUAAAUGGAUGUUGAAUUUUGUCAAAGGCUUUUUCUGCAUCUAUUGAGAUUAUCAUAUGGUUUUUAUCCUUCAAUUUGUUGAUAUGAUGUAGCACAUGGUUUGAUUUGCAUAUAUUAAAGAAUCCUUGCAUUCCAGGGAUAAACCCCACUUGAUCAUGGUGUAUUAUCUUUCUAUCAUGCUGUUGCAUCAAAGCAAGAUCCUUUUGGACCCACCUCCUGGAAUAAUGGAAAUAAAAUCAAGAAUAAACACAUGGGACCUAAUGAAACUUAAAAGCUUUUGCACAGUGAAAGAAACCAUAAACAAGACAAGAAGACAACCCUCAGAAUGGGAGAAAAUACUUGCCAACGAAGCAAUGGACAAAGGAUUAAUCUCCAAAAUAUACAAGCAGCUCAUGCCGCUUAAUCCCAAAAAAGCAAAUAACCCAAUCCACAAAUGGGCGGAAGACCUAAAUAGACAUUUCUCCAAAGAAGUCAUACAGAUGGCCAACAAACACAUGAAAAGAUGCUCAACAUCACUAAUCAUCAGAGAAAUGCAAGUCAAAGCCACAAUGAGGUAUCACUUCACACCGGUCAGAAUGGCCAUCAUCAAAAAAUCUAGAAACAAUAAAUGUUGGAGAGGGUGUGGAGAAAAGGGUAUCCUCUUGCACUGUUGGUGGGAAUGUAAGUUGGUACAGCCACUAUGGAAAACAGUUUGGAGGUUCCUUAAAAAACUAAAAAUAGAACUACCAUGUGACCCAGUAAUCCCAUUCCUGGGCAUAUACCCAGAGAAAACCAAAAUCCAAAAAGAAACAUGUACCAUAAUGUUCAUUGCAGCACUAUUUACAAUAGUCAGGACAUGGAAGCAACCUAAAUGCCCAUCAACAGAUGAAUGGAUAAAGAAGAUGUGGCACAUAUAUACAAUGGAAUAUUACUCAGCCAUAAAAAGGAAUGAAAUCGAAUGAAUUGGGAGACUGGGAUACCAAAUUGUAUGCUCUAAAUAUAUGCAGUUUAUUGUAUGUUAAAAAAAUUAAUCAAAUAAUAAUUAUUCUAUAACUUGGAAAAAAAAAGGAAUGAAAUGGACUAUAUGUAAUGAGGUGGAUAGACCUAGAGUUUGUCAUACAGAGUGAAGUAAGCCAGAAAGAGAAAAACAAAUACUGUAUGCUAACUCAUAAAUACGGAAUCUAAAAAAAGGUACUGAUGAACCCAGUGACAGGGCAAGAAUAAGGAUGCAGAUGAAGAGAAUGGACUGGAGGACACAGGGUUGGGGGGGGCAGGGGGCGAAGGGGAAGCUGGGACGAAGUGAGAGAGUAGCAUAGACAUAUAUACACUACCAAGUGUAAAAUAGAUAGCUAGUGGGAAGUUGCUGUAUAACAAAGGGAGAUCAACUCGAUGAUGGUUGAUGCUUUGAAG